AGCAGUUCAGCGCUCCAAACGAGCAGGUCGCUGCCGGAGGAUUCAAUUGAGAAAUCAAAAAAAGUGAGCCGGUGUGCGCGGCGGAGGAGGGGCCCCGGGCGAGCCGGAGCCAGCGGGCCCCCCGCCAGGCAGCCUGCGCCGAGCUGUCUUCUGCGGCCACGCUUCCCUUUAUAGCCGCCGCUGCCGGCAGCAGGGUGGGGGAGGGCCCCUUCGCUCCCUUCCUGACGUGCCAGGAGCUGGGAGAAGCCAUCCAGGUGACUAAGCCGCCCCCUGGCACUGAGUCACUCGCUCGUCCAGAGGUUGUCUUCCUUCGCGUUGGCAUUUGACUAUUUUGGGGAUCUGGGAACUUGGAGCUGCACCUGAGUUCCGCCCCUUUAGCGCUCCCGGCCCCACCCCCACCUUGGGCUCCGAGGAAAAUGGGACUUGGGAGUCCACUGUCACCCCCUAAGGAUAUGGAAGACGCCGUCCGGGCCAGCGGUGCCUUGUGCAAGGGGCCCGCUGGUGGAGUGCAAUAUCAGAUGUGGUGAUGCCGGCUGCCCGCGGGUGUGCUGUCCUCCGGAGGGGUCCACAAAGAAGGGGCGCCAACUGGAGUCCUCCUGGGCUGGCUUUGAACUCACUUCCCACAGGGAUGUUUCUGUAAAUGAGUGGCUUCUAGGAGCAGAGUGGCAUUUGGAGAGAGAGGCUGGGUCAGCUUAGGCUGGCUGGGCAGGGAGCACCACUUCCUGGGUCAGAGUCAAGCACCAACCUGCAGUGAGAGAGUGUGAGGCCCCAGCCAAGCCCAGGGAGAGCCAAGGUCUCAGCCUCCUCUCCAGUCCAGUGGAGAUAAUUGUGGUCCUUAUCAGGCCUGCGGAGGGCAGGCCCGGAAAGGUCCUCGGUCUUCCCACUCCUGGGUUGCCUGGGAGUUCUGCCCGCUGAAGAGUGAGGAGAAGCGAGGAAGAGGAGGCGACGAAGGCGGCCCCCAGUCGACACCAUGUUCCGCAAGAAAAAGAAGAAACGCCCCGAGAUCUCCGCGCCACAGAACUUCCAGCACCGCGUCCACACCUCCUUCGACCCCAAAGAAGGCAAGUUCGUGGGUCUCCCCCCACAAUGGCAGAACAUCGUGGACACGCUGCGGCGCCCCAAGCCCGUGGUGGACCCUUCGCGCAUCACGCGGGUGCAGCUCCAGCCCAUGAAGACAGUAGUGCGGGGCAGCUCCGUGCCCACAGAUGGCUACAUCUCGGGACUGCUCAACGACAUCCAGAAGUUGUCGGUCAUCAGCUCCAACACCCUGCGCGGCCGCAGCCCCACCAGCCGGCGGCGAGCCCAGUCCCUGGGGCUGCUGGGGGAUGAGCAGUGGGAGGUCGACCCGGACAUGUACCUGCAGAGCCCCCAGUCCGAGCACACCGACCCCCAUGGCCUCUACCUCAGCUGCAACGGGGGCACCCCAGCAGGCCACAAGCAGGUGCCGUGGCCCGAGCCGCAGAGCCCACGGGUGCUGCCCAAUGGGCUGGCCACGAAGGCACAGUCCCUGGGCCCCACUGAGUUCCAGGGUGCCACGCAGCGCUGCCUGCAGCUGGGUGCCUGCCUGCAGGGUUCUCCACUGGGAGCCUCGUCCCCCAUGGCCUCCAGCCGGCGUGGGGCCAAGGUUGCCAGGCACGGCUCUGAGGAGACCCGGCCACAGUCCUGCCUAGUGGGCUCGGCCACAGGCAGGCCAGGUGGGGAGGGCAGCCCCAGCCCCAAGAGCCAGGAGAGCAGCCUGAAGCGCAGGCUGUUCCGAAGCAUGUUCCUGUCCACUCCUGCCACCGCCACAGCCCCUCCAGGCAGCGGCAAGCCAGGCCCUCCACCACCGAGCAAGCUCAACUCCUCGUUCAGACCACCGCAGAAAGACUCCCCCCACAAGCUGGUGGCCAAGGCCCAGUCCUUGCCCGCGGACCAGUCCGUGGGGACCUUCGGCCCUCUGUCCACCUUGGAUACCAGCAGCCCCCAGAAAUCCCCCCGCACAGCCCCCGCCGCGGGCCCGCCCCCAGGCCGGUCUUCCCCGGCGGGCUCCCCCCGCACCCGGCACGCCCAGAUCAGCAGCAGCAACCUGUACCUGCCCCAGGACCCUGCGGUGGCCAAGGGUGCCCUGGCUGGCGAGGAUGCGGGCAUCGUGACCCACGAGCAGUUCAAGGCUGCGCUCAGGAUGGUGGUGGACCAGGGCGACCCCCGGCUGCUGCUGGACAGCUACGUGAAGAUCGGCGAGGGCUCCACGGGCAUUGUCUGCCUGGCCCGGGAGAAGCACUCGGGCCGCCAGGUGGCCGUCAAGAUGAUGGACCUCCGGAAGCAGCAGCGCCGGGAGCUGCUCUUUAAUGAGGUAGUGAUCAUGCGGGACUACCAGCACCUCAACGUGGUGGAGAUGUACAAGAGCUACCUGGUGGGUGAGGAGCUGUGGGUGCUUAUGGAGUUCCUGCAAGGCGGCGCGCUCACAGACAUUGUCUCCCAAGUCAGGCUGAAUGAGGAGCAGAUUGCCACCGUGUGCGAGGCCGUGCUGCAGGCCCUGGCUUACCUGCAUGCCCAGGGAGUCAUCCACCGGGACAUCAAGAGCGACUCCAUCCUGCUGACCCUCGACGGCAGGGUGAAGCUCUCAGACUUUGGAUUCUGUGCUCAAAUCAGCAAAGAUGUUCCUAAGAGGAAGUCCUUGGUAGGAACCCCCUACUGGAUGGCUCCUGAAGUGAUCUCCAGGUCUCUGUAUGCAACUGAGGUGGAUAUCUGGUCUCUGGGCAUCAUGGUGAUCGAGAUGGUGGAUGGGGAGCCGCCCUACUUCAGCGACUCCCCUGUGCAAGCCAUGAAGAGGCUCCGGGACAGCCCCCCACCCAAGCUGAAAAACUCUCACAAGGUCUCCCCAGUGCUGCGAGACUUCUUGGAGCGGAUGCUGGUGCGGGACCCCCAGGAGAGAGCCACGGCCCAGGAGCUCCUGGACCACCCCUUCCUGCUGCAGACGGGGCUGCCCGAGUGCCUGGUGCCCCUAAUCCAGCUCUACCGCAAGCAGACCUCCACCUGCUGAGCCCACCCCCAGGGUGUGCCUGCCACCUGUGCUCACGGGCAGGGGACACUGGGCAGCCAGCCCGCUGGCAGGGCCCGCCUGCCUCAUCCACUCAGUAUUCUCUCCAAAGAUUGAAUGUGAAGCCCCACGCCAGCCUCCUGCCCCUCAGUCCUCUGGGCCAGGCCGGACCUGCCCCCUUGGCCUCUCUCCCUCCCAAGAGAGGCCCCCAUUGCCUUUGGGAUGAUGGAGACCCCUCCUGCAGGAAGACCCCUUGUUAUUUGCACAGGGAUAUUUCUAAGAAAUGUGGCAACCAGCACUCUCGGCCACUGAGGCCCAAGCAGCAGAAAGAACUGCUGUUGUUUUUUAAAGGUAGCUGUACCCUAGCAUCCCAGGCCACCCAAGCAGGCAGACUGCCUUGUCUUCAGUCUGUUCUCAGCUCCAAUGCCAAACUUUGGGGUCUCUUGAGAGGGACACAGGGAAGGUUUUUUUUCUUAUUGCCCAAAUCCCUCUCCCUCCCUUGUGUCUGACUUCCUGAAGGCCCAGUCUCACCUGAAUUCAUUUCCUGGCCCAUCUGCACUGACAUACACCCUCCUUAUUCAGCGGGCUCAGAACUGUAAACAGCCUGCUCCUAGGGGGCAUUUUCUGGGGAAAGAGAAAGAAUGGGGUUGGUGGUAAAGGUGGUCUCACUUUACAGGAUGUAGGAAACAUCGUGUAUGUGUGUGUGUGUAAGUUUUUAAGUGUGUGUUUAAGGGGAAGAAGGUCACUGCAGCAGCCUGGGUCCCUUCAGGUCACCCACAGGCAGCUUCAGUAAGGCUGCCCCGUCUUCUCUCCCGCUAAGUUCUGCUCUGAAGGGACCUGCUUUCUUGGCCUGGCUUCCCGCCUCUUACAUCCCCUGUUACUACCUGACCAGUGAAGAGGUCCGUGUUGAGUCUAGUACAUCCUGGGAGCUCGGGAGUGGCUUCCAGCAUUGUUUCUGAGUUUCUCCUACACUGUGGAGUCUGAGAGUCAGAGCCAGGAAUGGUAAGGAAGUGGAAACUUUGUUUUACCUGUGAACUUCAUCUCUAUAACCAGCUCAUCAGGGAACCAUUCUUCUCUUCAGAAUCCUGGCUGGGGGUGGGGUGAGGGAGAGGGUCAACCAGCUUCUGGGGUUCCAUCUUGUCAAAAGAAUGGGCACCCCACUUGUGCAAGCUGUCUGCCCCUAGCUGCCUCCUCAGACACCUGUCCCCUUGUCUCCCUUCCUUCCCCACUUCAGAGCUGCUGUGAGACAGGGAAUUCCAGGGAAGAACUUCAGGAGUCUGGACCCUAGCUAGAUAAUAUUUUUAGAUUCCUCUGCUCCCUAGUGGCCUGCUUUGGGGCAAAAAAAAAAAAAAAAAA